GACUGGUUCGACAAGGGACCACCUCCGGUAUUCUGGAUGUCUGGUUUCUUCUUUACGCAGGCUUUUCUCACGGGAGUCCAGCAGAAUUAUGCGCGACGAUACACUAUUCCCAUUGACCUAUUGGCCUUCGAUUUUGAGGUACUAGAAGAUAAGAUUCCAACAAAACCUCCGGAAGAUGGUGAGCACAGCUCCAGACAUACUUUCAUUAACUUAUUAUGA